AUGGCAACUCAAGGGUCUUGGCUUUUAGCCAUAGUGCUUCUACUACUUGGCUUUGUAAUGAGAGAUGGCACAGCCAGUAAUACUACUACACCCCCUACGCAGUAUGACACUGCUUUCCUCAAUAGAACUAGUUUCCCAGCAGGCUUCAUAUUUGGUACAGCUUCAUCAUCUUACCAUAUGAAGGUGCUGCUCAAGAGGGUGGCAGAGGACCAAGCAUAUGGGAUAACUACACCCACAAAUAUCCAGAUUGUCCACUCCUUAUGCUUGAAGCUCAUGUUUAUUGCAGAGAAGAUUAAGGACGGUAGCAAUGGAGAUAUAGCUAAUGAUGAAUAUCACCGCUAUAAGGAAGAUGUUGGGAUCAUGAAGAACAUGGGGUUGGAUGCAUAUCGGUUCUCUAUCUCAUGGUCCAGAUUGUUACCAAAUUUGCAUUGUCACGAUCCAAAAUUUCGAGUAUGA